GCUAUCACUUGCGCGGAGUGUUCCGUUCUGUACAUUUGCUCUGAAAAUUAUUUAUUAGACCAUGCUGUGGCAUUUUAAUGAGUGAAAGGCCGGAGCACUGAAAGUUAUUUUUGCUACUAAGAACAGAAAACUACCUUACGUUUAAUUUGUGGACAUGUGACAAAUAAUAGUUAAUAAUAAUACAAUAUGAACCUGGAUAUUGUCUAAGUGAAUACGUUGGGAGCUGGUGGGUGAUCUAUGAAUUAUCUAAUCAGCUGACGUAAGGUUUGUGGGCUGUAUAGCCUACUACUGAAAAGUUGUGCUACACUCUGUGUAUACUCCGUCGUGCCUCCUAGCUGAACGUUACCUAUACAUCAUACCGUAAAACACCGAGAAGUGACCAGCAGCGAUGCACGAGAAAUUGGUGAUCACUGAGAAGAGGACGAGGAGUCGCACAACCUUAGCCAAAAUAAGGAACAGACUAGAUCCCAGGCGACUCAUCCCACCACAGUGGAGGAAGUGUCCCAGCUGCAGCAACAGGAAACGCAACUGUAUCUGCUGGCGAUACAACAGAAGAGAUGGUGUCGCUGACGAGCAUAUGGCAAGUGUGGGAGAGUCAGUCAUCGUCAUCACAGUCUCUGGAGAGAGCCCUACGUCAGGUCACCACCGUCAGGGAGGAGCAGCACUUCAUUAUCACCACCACGUCACCCACACACUCCCCACCACUUCCUCCGACACACACUUCCCCACCACCCACACACUCUCCCCCAUCUACACACUUGCCCCCACCUUUUCCUCCCCCCACACACAGCCCACCCCUGCCCCCAGAAGUGUCGGAGUACCCCGCAGCUCCACCACCGAACACCAGCAGCCAUCUGAGCAACGGAGCACCAGUGGUGGAGUACGACGCGCCGGUGUUGGUGUCGGAGGCCUGUCCAGCAGUCAGCACAGGCACGAGGGUACGGUACACUCCUUAACGAACCCGGGUACGGUACAUACGGACCCGUCCAUGCCGGGUAGCGGCUUGGGCUUGGGUGGUGGCGGGGGCCCCACCCAUUUGGAUUCCACAAACUUUAACACCUCCUCCACCACCUGCUCGUCCACCUCCAACACCAAUACUUCCUCCACCUCGGCCUCUUCUCACACUGGGGGUGUCUGCCUUCCACUCUCUGAUCUGAUGGACUACAGUGGUGACGGGUCUGAUGGUGAUAACUACCAGACUGGCAGUGGUGAUGGGUCAGAGUGCGAGCCCUGUCAAAUUCUUCUGGAGGAGCGACUCGUCAAGACAAAUCCCAUCUGGUUUCAACCUGACCUCCAGCGAUCAGGCGCUGUUCAUCUACUUCAAGGAAAGGAUGAAGGGAACUUCAUCGUUCGUCAGAGCAGCAAACCCAACACCCGUGCCCUGAGUGUGAGGUUGCCUCCUGACAAGGGACCGGACAUACAACACUACCUCAUUGAAAUACACAACGACGGGACUUCAUACUCUCUGGAAGCCUCGGAGAACCGUUUUGAUAAACUCCCAGCUCUCAUUGCCUAUUACUCACAGUGCUGUGACGAGUUGCCAGUGCAGUUAAAAUUGCCUAGAUCUCUUCAAGAGGCAAAAUCCAGACACGAACUUGCAUCUCUUGCUUUACUUGGACAAGAAUUCUGGGGUACAGCAAUGGCAAGUCCAACAGCUAGCACACCUACAAAUGACUGUCCUCGUAGUGCUGCUCCAACGCCAUCUCCACGCCCUCAUGACCUCUCUUUCAGUAGCUUUGGCAAAGGUGGAGUCUCUAGAGGGAUUUCUUCUACCAGUCUCUUGUCGCCACAAACUCCAGGAGGCUUGUGUGUUUCAGGAGGUUCACUUGGAAGUUCAUUGGGAGGAUCAAUAGGGGGAUCAACAUCAUCUCUAGCACCAAUUCGACCAGCUCCUCCUAUUCCACCCUCUGGUGAUCGGUCAUCACUUAAUUUAAAUUUAGCUCCACUUGAAGAGUUUUUAAAGGAACAACCAGCGUUUUUGUCAUUCCGUUCCCAACCAGCUACUCCAGUUACUCAACUAAAGCCCAGUACACCUGGCACUAAGCCUACACCUCCACCUCGCUCCAGUCCACCUGGCACUCAGUGGUCUAACCAGAUCAGUCCAUCAGGGUCACAGAGGCCUUUGAAUAAGCCAGCUCCUCCUGCUAGAGUUAGCCCACCAAUAAUGUCUGAUGUGGGGACCCCCACAACUGAAAACGGAGAAAUAAUUCCUCGACCAGUCCAAGCCCCGCCACCACCACGCCGUUGGGCACGAUCUUGCAUAACCACGUCACCUUCAAAUAUCACUGUCAAAACAACAUUGACACUCAAUGUUAAUCAGGUGAAGGCUCUACCAGUGCAUUUAGAUGAUGUUCAAGUGCAUGUAGCUAAUAUAGAAAUCUCCCCAACUGGUAGUAACAGUUCUCAGUCAAAUAUGGCAGUUAAUACUCCUAAUGGAAAUCAGAAUGGUACUUUAAAUGGUUACAGAGAUGGUCUUCACUUACAAAUUCAACAACAAAUAACAUCUCCUCAGAGUACACCAUGUACACCUUGUGCACCAAGCACGCCUAUAGAAGAGGCUCCUGGAAUGUCACGAGUUCGUUUACGCAGUGGUAGAAGAGACAGACGAAGACUUUCCAACCAUUAUCACGAGGCAAAUAUUGUUGACAAUAAUGCAACUUACUGUCGGUCAUCUCUGACUGAUAAAAUUAGUGACUAUGAGGAUGUGUGGCCUAGCUCUCCCCACGAAUCACCAACCCCAUCAUCAUCAUCACAACCCAAAAUGUUGACUUUCAAACCUCGCAAUGAAAUCUCAAAAUCUAUGGGAGACUUAAGUGAAAUAGCAAAGAAUACAAAACCAGUACACUUCAUAUAUGAUUCAGAUAAAAAGAAUGAUGGAAGUUUAUGCAAUGAUGAAAAGUUGAAUGGUAACAGUUCAGACUCGGUAAACUCGUAUCGUAAAAAUUCAAGUCCUUUUUAUAUGGAACCAGCAGAUGCAUUAAAGGAGGAACAGCCACAGGCACGGAUUAACAAAGCAUCAAAUAAAUUAUCAAGAAAAACGACAAACCGUUAUUCUGACUCUAAUAUCCAGUGGAAAACUAGAAAGAGUCACAACUCCCUGGGUAAAAUAGAUUCAAAUGAAGAUCUACCAUUAUCAUCAAGUGUUGAAAACCUAGUAAAUGAAAAAGAUAAUCUUUUUAUGAAUUUGGAAGAUGAAAAGAACAAGAAUCUUGAAAGUGAAAAAAAUAAAGUCAAUGCUGGUCAUUUAGUAAAUGGCCAGUCAAGAAGUGAUGCUAGGCGCCACUCACGAAUUGGAGGAAGAGGAAAACCUAUAGCUCCCCCUAGAAUAAAUAAUGAAGCUUUGACAUCCAAUGGAGAACAAAUGUCAGAUACCACCUGUCAUGUUGCAUCAUCAUGGGAGUAUCAAUAUGGUGUUGGGUCAGACAAUGAAGAUGCUCCAUCUGGGGAAGGCAGAUUUCCAGUGGGUGAUACUGGAGGAGAAUCAGAUAGUGUGAUAAUUCCUGGCGAUAGGACUGUACAAGAUUUGAUUUCUGAAAAACUUCCAGAUUUGACAUUGGAUGCCCACUCCCUGGCACCAAGCUAUGUUACACGCAUUAGUGAAUAUGAUAAUGUUGGAGGGCAGGGUAGUGUUCGAGAAGAUCAGCAUCUCCAGUAUCAGAGACAGCAACAGCAGCAGCAUAAAACUCAACGUAACAUUCCACUUGAAGAGCGCCUUCACCCACCUCUCCCUACACAUUAUUUUCCUUCCACUGUUAGUGACUCUGGCACCGAGUUUUCAGAACCUUGGGACUCUCGAAAAUGGGAAUCAAUAAUGCACUUUGAAGAUGAUUCAUCAGUUGAUCAGUAUCCACGUAGCUCAUUAGAAACUCCAGCUUUACGCCCCUAUACUCUUGAAGAUUCUGAUACUGGUGGAGCAGGAGUUACAGACACAGAUUCAUUUGUGCAUGUGAUCGGGGAUGCAAGUGAUAAUGAGACUGUUUCACUCUCUGGGACACCACCUUUGUCUCUUGUAAAUGCGCACAACCUUGACACACAGCAGCGUACUAGAAUUAUGUCACCCCAGUUAUUGGCCCUACGGCAGCGUCAGGAUGCAGAGAACGGUGUUGCAAUUAAAGUAUAUGCUAUGGACUUGGGGGGUGACACAUCCACGACAUUUAGUCAGGCUGUCACCAAUUUUAUUACCUGCACUCUAGAGAGCCCUGAACGAGAUCCUGCUGUUGUUACUCGUAAUGUACGUCAGUUUAUGUCUGGGAUGAAGAAUUACUUGGUUACAAGUGGUGAGAAGGAAUUUGAAGCAAUAGUAAAGAGACAACGAAGUAAUCUGAAGGCAACAGAGUUUCUUAAUCUGGAUGCUAUCUUGGAAGAUGUUCUGGUCCGACUUGUGGUUCGCCCUCUUUGGAAUCACAUCAACAAACUUUUUGUGGAAUCAUAUUCAGCCAAUGGCUCAAUCCAAUUGUUGGCUGCAAAUAUGAAAUAUGCAAAAUCGCAGCCAAAGAACCGUCUUGGUAUAAGGUCAGAGUUGUCACCACCAAGUGGACAUAAUCUAGAAGUUAUACGCAGUCUUUUAACACGUAUGCAGAAACUGUUUGCCCCACGAGAGAAAUUAGAACUCCUCUUGGAUACCAUCUCACACAUAUACAGAGCCAUGUAUGAGAAUGGUGACACUUCUGGCUCGGGCGAUGCAGAUGACCUUGUUCCAAUGAUUAUGUGGGUAUUGAGUCAGUCAGGCAUGGUGUCUGCAGAGGUGGAAGCAGACUACAUGUGGGGUUUGCUUCUCCCAAGUGCCUCUUCUGGUGAAGCCUCUUACUACCUUGAAGCUUUUCAUUCUGCUAUUCAUGCCCUCAAGAAUCUCUCUCCAUCACCAGAGUCUUCACCAGGAAACAGUCUCGAUUCAGUUAGACAGGAUGUGUCCAUGGUGUCAGAUCAGGGCAUCAUGAAGAUAGUCAUACCAGAUGAGAAGAAUGGCAGUAUAGUUACUCGUACAUUGCCUAUUCGACCUGCCACUACCACACGUGAAGUAUGCAAGAUGAUGGCACACAAGAUGAGAGUUACAAAUCCCCAAGAUUAUGGGCUAUAUAAACUAGUGGAUGGUCUUGAGACCUUGCUGUCAGACAACGAGUGUCCACACAAAGUAAAGUCCGAUCUCACCACCCAUGGCUUCCACUGUACCUUCGCAUUCAAACGCAUCGAUGCGAAAAUUGCCUGGCCAAUACUCUCUUGAUUGUGACUACAUACUCGAGAUAUUGUUUCCAGAUAGGAUCUGAUGUGAUUUGUGUUUAAUAGAAAUGCUAUUUCGUUGGAUACAAAAAACCCAGCUGAAGAAUUCUUAAAAUAAAUCUGGAAUUUAUGCUAUGAAUGUUAACAGAAAUGGCAUUGCAUACAUCAUAAAUUUUCAGUCAUUGAAAGUUUGAGAGGAGAGGAAUAAUUUCAUAUUUCUUGUGAGAUACUGGGCAUUUUAUAGUUAUCCUAUAGGAAUGCUGAACCUAGUUUAAGAUUGUCAUCAAAUGUAACUAUAGUAAAAAAAAAAAAGACAAAGGAAUUACAUACUUGAAUUUGGCACUGAAAAAAGAUUGUGAAGACUACAUGAUCUUUCAAGGCUAUUAUUACCCGGUGAAGCAUUAAUUUCUUGAAGCCUGGUGCUGAAAAAUGUUUUGCUAAAGGGUUAUGUAUGUCAACAUUGCCAUGCAUUUAUUGUUAAUGUAGCUGUAUACCUUAAACAUUUUAUUGUAAAUAAUGUUCAUAGAUAUGUCAGAAUUUGUGUAUAACAGAGUCUCAUAGGUUAUGUAAUAUUGCUUGAUGUAUGAAAAAUUAAAAUCUGACUAGUACUCUGGCAGGUUAAGUACUACUAAAUUGUACAUUAUUUAGAUAGUUUUUCCUUACCACUUUUAACUAUCUUAACAGUCUUAUUGAAAAAAAAAACUAUUUCUUUACACUAUUUUGACAUUCAAAUGUAUCUUGAAUGUCUAGUUUACUACAGUUCUAAGAAAACUUUUGGUUAAUUUGAAACAAGUUUUCAGGUAUUCAUUUAGUGUAUGUGUGAUGUGUUGUCUAGACAUAAGAUCUAUCGACUGGAAUGUGCUCAACACAAUCGUGUGCAAUUCAGGUAUUGGCAAUUUUUUUAGUUGUCUUUCCUUUUAUACAUAAAAAAUUUCUCUUAUGUUUUUGACAAUAAGCCUUAAGUUUUGCUCAACAUGGUAGCUGUAAGUGUGCAAUGUGGUAAUGAAAAUUCAUAGGAUAACAUGAUUCCUCAGGCUUAGUGUAUAUACAGUAAAGUAAAUGGUCUUUUUCAACAUUUUUUUUUUUUAUGAAAUUUUAGUAAUGUAUGCUUGUAUGUAUAUGAUUAUACAUACAUGUGCAUUUGUAAAGUAUUGCAUAAUUUGUCUAGGGGCUCCUCCACAUACACCUUUCUUAUCUGACAAAGGCAGGCAAAAUGUAAAAUUUCCUACUUCAGUAUAGAAAUUACCACAAAAUAGUGUUUAUAUAUACAGUGCCAUUCACAUUUAUUCUUUUAAUUUAUAUGCUGAAAGACUAAGAUGGUAUUUCACAUUUAACACCAGAUUUUGUAUUUGUUUUCCCAGCUAUAAACUGUAGUAAAUGAUUUUCUACUUUUAUAAGAAAAACUUAACCAUAUCACACUAUGUAGUUUAGGAAUAGAUAUACAUCUGAUGUGUAAUAUUUAUAAUUCCUUUUUUGUAUAUAAUGUACUUUCUUUGCAAAUAAUGCUGAAUGGCUGUGUUAAAGUUGAUGUAAGAGUAACCCACAUGUUUGAUUUGCAGACUCAUUUGGAACAAAAUAAUGCAAGUUAUACUAAUGCACUAUUAAACACGGGCAUUUAUCAAUGCCUAUUGAUUAAUGAAUGUAUAUUUUGCCAACAGCCUGUACAGUAGGAAUUAUAGUCGAAUUCCGAACCAUGUUCUGCAACUUCAGAUUUAUGGGUGACCAUGUUUGCGUACAAUGUCUAGUCAUUGCUUGGUAACUUUAGUUGCAUUAAAGCUUUUUUAUAUACUAAUGCCAUUACUAAAUUCAUUUCCAGAUCUUGUAAUUGAAUAUGUACUGGUUAUAUUGGAAUUACGUCGUCUAAAAUGUCAGUAAAUUAAUAAAGCUGCUCUUUGAUCUAAA